AUGUACAGCGGACAUGGAGCAGAUGUGAAAUGUGUUGACUGGCAUCCAACAAAGGGUUUAGUUGUAUCAGGAAGCAAAGACAGCCAGCAGCCGAUCAAGUUCUGGGAUCCAAAAACUGGCCAGAGCCUUGCCACGCUACACGCUCAUAAAAACACAGUGAUGGAGGUGAAGCUGAAUCUGAAUGGCAACUGGUUGCUAACAGCUUCUCGUGACCAUCUCUGCAAGCUCUUUGACAUUCGUAACCUGAAAGAGGAACUUCAGGUCUUCAGGGGUCAUAAGAAAGAGGCCACAGCUGUGGCCUGGCAUCCUGUUCACGAGGGGCUCUUUGCCAGUGGAGGGUCUGAUGGCUCUUUGUUAUUCUGGCAUGUUGGGGUUGAGAAGGAAGUUGGUGGAAUGGAAAUGGCCCAUGAAGGAAUGAUCUGGAGUCUGGCGUGGCAUCCCCUCGGACACAUUCUCUGUUCGGGCUCAAAUGAUCACACCAGUAAGUUUUGGACUCGAAAUCGGCCUGGAGAUAAAAUGCGAGAUCGUUACAACUUGAAUCUGCUGCCUGGGAUGUCAGAGGAUGGUGUGGAAUAUGCUCCAGGAGAUGAUUUGGAACCCAACAGCCUAGCAGUUAUCCCUGGGAUGGGAAUACCUGAGCAGUUGAAAAUAGCGAUGGAGCAAGAACAGAUGGGGAAAGAUGAGUCCAAUGACAUUGAAAUGACAAUCCCAGGACUAGACUGGGGAAUGGAGGAAGUAAUGCAAAAGGACCAAAAGAAAGUGCCACAGAAAAAAGUGCCCUAUGCAAAACCAAUACCAGCACAGUUUCAGCAGGCGUGGAUGCAGAAUAAAGUUCCUUUGCCUCCCCCACCUGAGCCAUUGAUCGACAGAAAGGAAGAUAUUAAGCUGGAGGAGAAAAAGAAGACACAGGCAGAGAUUGAACAGGAAAUGGCAGCACUUCAGUACACAAACCCACAACUCCUGGAGCAAUUGAAGAUUGAGAGACUUGCACAAAAACAGGCUGAGCAAGUGCAGCCACCUCCAGGAGGCUCUCUUCACGGACCCCAGCCUUUUCCAGGGCAAGGCCCAAUGUCACAGAUGCCUCAAGGGUUUCAGCAGCCCCUUCCACCACAGCAGAUGCCAAUGAAUAUGCCUCAGAUGGGACCUCCUGGUCCACAAGGACAGUUCAGACCUCCGGGACCCCAAGGACAAAUGGGACCUCAGGGUCCUCCAUUACACCAAGGAGGUGGAGGUCCGCAAGGCUUCAUGGGACCACAAGGACCUCCGGGCCCCCAUGGACCUCAAGGAAUGCCACGGCCUCAGGAUUUACAUGGACAUCAAGGAAUGCAAAGGCAUCCUGGCCCUCACGGGCCAAUGGGGCCUCCAGGCCCGCAGGGUAACGCUGGUCCACAAGGGCAUUUAGGACCGCAGGGCCUGCCUGGGUCUCAGACUCAUUUGGGGCCACAAGGUCCACCUGGCCCGCAGGGUAACUUGGGACCUCAGGGUCAAGGAAUGCAAGGGCCACCUGGUCCCCGAGGGAUGCAAGGACCUCUUCCUCACGGCAUGCAAGGAGCUCCGGGAUCUCAAGGGAUGCAAGGUCCUAUCUCCCAAGGGCCUUUGAUGGGACUUAAUCCAAGAGGGAUGCAGGGUCCGCCAGGGCCCCGAGAUAACCAGGGACCUACUCCACAAGGGAUGAUGAUGGGUCAUCCGCAAGAGAUGAGAGGUCCUCAUAUGCAAAGUGGUUUACUAGGACACGGGCCCCAGGAGAUGAGGGGGCUGCAGGGACCCCCGCCUCAAGGCGCAAUGUUAGGACCGCCGCAAGAAAUGCGUGGGCCACAAGGCCAGCAGGGACCUCCGCAAGGCUCUUUGGUAGGGCCACAAGGAAACAUGCAAGGACCUCAAGGACAACCAAACCCUUCGAGAGGGCCACAUCCUUCCCAGGGCCCUCUGCCUUUCCAGCAGCAGAAGACGCCUCUGUUGGGUGAUGGGCCUCGUCCCCCGUUUAAUCAGGACGGACAGAACCCAGGUCCUCCACCACUGAUACCAGGACUGGGGCAGCAGGGAGGACAAGGUCGUCUCGGCCCUCACAACCAAGGACCUGGCCUUAAUAAAGGUGACUCCCGUGGUCCACCAAACCACCACAUGGGCCCUCUCUCAGAUAGAAGGCACGACCAGAACAGUGGUGGCCCUGAUCAUGGGCCUGAGAGAGGGUUGUUUCGAGGUGGCCAGGAGUGGGGUGAUGGUAGAGACAGCAGGGGCAUGCCAGAUAGACGAGGACCUCACCCAGAUUUCCAUGAUGACUUUGAUCGACCAGAUGACUUCCGUGACGACUUCCAUCCAGAUAAGAGAUUUGGCCAUCGAUUACGGGAAUUUGAGGGGAGAGGAGGCCCACCAUUGCAAGAUGAGAAAUGGAGACGAGGUGGACCUGGGCCUCCCUUUCCUCCCGAUCACAGGGAAUUUGAAGGCGGGGGUUCAAAUCGUGGCCCUCCUGGUGCUUGGGAAGGACGGAGACCUUCAGAUGAUAGAUAUCCACGGGAUCCUGAGGAUGCACGGUUCCGAGGAAGACGAGACGAGAGCUUCAGAAGAGGAGGACCCUCGAGACACGAGGGCCGGGGACCCAGGGGGAGAGAUGGCUUUCCUGGUCCGGAAGAUUUUGGGCCAGAUGACACUUUUGACUCCCCAGAUGAAAACUUGAGAGGAAGGGACCAUGGUGCUCGGGGCCGAGGUCGUGGUGCAAUUAGAGGAGGCCGGAAGGGUCUGCUUCCCACCCCCGAUGAAAUUCCACGCUUUGAAGGUGGGCGGAAGCCAGAAUCCUGGGAUGGAAACAGAGAACCAGGUCCUCGUCCAGACCACCCUCCUCACGAUGGACAUUCUCCAGCUAGCCGAGAACGUUCUUCUUCGCUCCAGGGCAUGGACAUGGCCUCACUGCCACCACGUAAACGUCCCUGGCAUGAUGGACCAGGGACCUCUGACCCCAGGGAAAUGGACUCUCCAGGUGGACCUCCAGAGGAGAGGGGAAAAGGACGUGGAAAUUCAGGAGCUUCCCAGAGAGCACCAAAAUCGGCACGGUCUAAUUCUUUAGAUGGAGACCAUCAUGAUGGAUUCCACAGGGAUGAAGCUUUUGGCGGAGGUCCUGCAGGAGGCAGCAACCCUUCCAGAGGAGGAAGGAGCGGAAGCAAUUGGGGAAGAGGAAAUAACAUGAAUUCUGGUCAGUCACGAAGAGGAGCAUCCAGGGGUGGCGGAAGAGGCCGAUAGAAGAGGCUUUGACUGGGUCACACCCAGUCCCUGAUGGACAAUAUUUAAAUGGACUGCUACUCUGUACUCAAAGAGAAAGUAACCCUGCAAGAACGCAAGUCUGGAAUCUUAAUUGGGAUAACUGAAUGUGCAUUAGUUCCUAACAAGGGUCUCCUCCUAGAUCAGUCACCUGCUACUAGCUGCGGUACUGUAGCUAGCUUUCAGUUUUGUCUUCUCUGCCCCCAUUUUCCCCACCUUCUUUUACCUACUUUGUUUUGUGAAGAGCUGGAAUUUUUUUUAGUGUUGAGACAUGGAGCACCUCCACAGAUUUCAGUUCAAUUCCAAACAGAAACUUGUUUCUAUAUGUACAGUUUGUCAGAAGAGUUAUGUUGUUUUUUGUAUGAAUACAGAAUGUAAUUUGCGCAAAAACUAA